AUUUGGCUGGAAAUCAGUUGUACACGAACAGUUUAACUUGUGACACCGCGCUGUCAAAAGCAGGAAGUUAAACAAGUGUUAUGCGGCAUAUCCUCUCACGAUCUCGUUUCGUAUUUUUGUGUUUUUAUUUAUACACUUUACGACCACGUUCACCUGCACGUGUAAGGCCCACGGCAUGCUAACUAAACUGUCUUUGGAGCAAAGGAAAUCCAGCAACGAGUCACACUAAUGCUGACGAUUAGUCCCAGAAUGGCCUCAGGAAUGCAAGAGAAACAGUACACACCAUCCCUGCUCAAUUUCUUCGUUUACAACCCCACAUUUGGGCCACGUGAAGGAGAGGAGGAGAAGAAGAUCUUGUUUUACCACCCCAGUGAUGUGGAGAAGAAUGAGAAGAUCAGAAAUGUGGGCCUUUGUGAGGCCAUUGUUCAGUUCACAAGGACUUUCUGUCCAACAAAACCUGCUAAGUCCCUGCACACGCAGAAGAACCGUCAGUUUUUUUUUGAGGCUGAGGACAACUUUUGGAUGGUUAUGGUGGUUCGAAACCCAAUGGUUGAGAAACCAAACAAAGAUGGUAAACCACCCACAAUUGAAUAUCAGGAAGAAGAAUUACUUGACACUGUUUAUGGUGCAGUGGUAAAGGAAUGCUACAGUAUGUACAAGCUUUUCAAUGGCACGUUUGGCAGAGCGAUGGAAGCCGGCGGAGUGGAGCUGCUAAUACAGAAGCUUGAGAAGUUCUUCUACCGGUAUCUGCAGACUCUCCACUUGCAGUCCUGCGACUUGCUGGACGUAUUCGGAGGCAUCAGCUUCUUCCCACUGGACAAGAUGACCUACUUGAAGAUCCAGUCCUUCGUCAACAGAGUGGAGGAGAGCCUCAGUCUGAUCAAAUACACCGCCUUCCUGUAUAACGACCAGCUGAUCUGGAGCGGACUGGAACAAGAUGAUAUGAGAAUCCUGUACAAGUACCUGACCACCUCGCUGUUCCCCAGACACUCUGAACCAGAGUUGGCCGGCAGAGACUCUCCUCUGAGGCCGGAGGUCGCAGGGAACCUGUUGCACUACGGCAGGUUUUUGACCGGUCCCACUAAUCUCAAAGACCCGGAGGCUAAAUUCCGGUUCCCUAAAAUAUUUGUGAGCACCGAGGACGGCUACGAGGAGCUGCACCUGAUCGUAUAUAAGGCGAUGAGCGCCGCAGCUUGUUUCAUGAUCAGCGCCUCCGUGGAGCUGACGAGGGACUUCUGCGAGCAGCUCGACGGCUUGGUGGGCCCUCAGCUCACUCUGCUGGCAUCUGACAUAUGUGAACAGUUCACAGUUAACCGCAGGAUAUCCGGUCCAGAGAAGGAGCCCCAGUUUAAAUUCAUCUACUUCAACCACAUGAACCUGGCGGAGAAGAGCACCAUCCACAUGAGGAAGACCGCCAGCGUGUGCCUCACCUCUGUUCACCCCGACCUCAUGAAGAUCCUGGGAGACAUCAACUGUGACUUUGCCAGGGUUAACGAGGAUGAAGAAAUCAUCGUAAAGGCAAUGACGGACUACUGGGUAGUCGGCAAGAAGUCAGACCAGAGAGAGCUGUAUGUGAUCCUGAACCAGAAGAACGCCAACCUGAUCGAAGUAAACGAGGAGGUUAAGAGGCUUUGUGCGACGCAGUUCAACAACAUUUUCUUUUUGGACUGAUGGAGCUGUCAGACGGAGGCGGUUUCCCUACACUAAAAACUGUCAGCGUUGUGGCAUAUGACAGCAUCAGCGUAAUGCAAUAAUUGCAUUGUAAAAUAAAAAUUCAAAGCUUUGUAACCAAGUUUGUUUUUAAUUUAGUUGACAGCAUUGUAACUUUCUCCUGUAAUUAAAUGUAAAUCCAGAUUUUUAUUGUAAAUUUACUCUUUUAUUUUUUCUUUGUACAUACUUUGGGGAUUUUUUUUUUUUUUAAUACUGUAAAUUUGGAUAUUCACACUUGAAAAUGUCAAAUUAAUUUAUAAACUGACAUGAACAGAACUAUUUGCUCCAGGUUAAUUUGAUAAUCAGUCAUAGUUAUAAAGGACCCAUCUUAUGCCCAUUUUACCACCAUGUAAGAGAGACUCAUUUUAUAGUGAUAGAAUUAUAAGGAAGCUCAUGAUGUUUCUGACUUACAAGAACCAUAACAAAUCGCGGGAGUUGUUUUGGGGUCGGUAGACAUGAUGCCAGGUACCCAAAUGUGUAGAAGCACUAAAAAGGUGGAAUUUUCAUAAUGUCUCACCUUUAAAAUAAGAUGUCAAAAGUACUGUGGUUUGCAAACAACUGUGUUAUCUUUAAAUAAAUUCAGGAGGAAUUCUA